AUGGCUGCGGGCGUCCCCUGCGCCCUCGUUACCAGCUGCUCCUCUACCUUCUCCGCAGACCGGCUAGUGCAACAUAUUCUUGGAACAGAAGAUGUUGUUGUGGAAGUGACUGCCAACGAUGCUGUGAGGUUUUAUCCCUGGACCAUAGAUAAUAAAUACUACUCAGCAGAUAUCAAUCUGUGUGUGGUGCCAAACAAAUUUCUCGUCACCGCAGAGAUUGCAGAGUCUGUCCAAGCAUUUGUGGUUUACUUUGACAGCACACAAAAAUCUGGUCUUGAUAGUGUUUCCUCCUGGCUUCCUCUGGCAGAGUCAUGGUUACCUGAGGUGAUGAUCUUGGUUUGCGAUAGAGUAUCUGAGAACGGUGUAAACCGACAGAAAGCUCAAGAGUGGUGUAUCAAACAUGGCUUUGAAUUGGUAGAACUUAGUCCGGAAGAGUUGCCUGAGGAAGAUGAUGACUUCCCAGAAUCUACAGGAGUAAAGCGAAUUGUUCAAGCCUUGAAUGCCAACGUCUGGUCCAAUGUAGUGAUGAAGAAUGAGAGGAACCAAGGCCUUAACCUUCUCAGCUCAUUGACUGGAGCAAACCAUAGCAUUGGAUCAGCAGAGACCUGCCACUCAGAGCCCUGUGAGCUGGCAGCAGCGAGGACCGAGUCCCUCUCGGACCAUCGAGGGGCCGCUUCUGACACGGCAGACGUGCAGGUCAAUAGCGCUGUGGAUCCCAUGUUAGACCUGGACAUUCAAGAACUUGCCAGUCUUACUACAGGCGGAGGAGAUUUGGAGAACUUUGAAAGACUGUUUUCAAAGUUAAAAGAAAUGAAAGACAAGGCUGCGACGCUUCCUCACGAGCAAAGAAAGAUGCAUGCAGAAAAGGUGGCCAAAGCCUUCUGGAUGGCAAUUGGGGGAGACAGAGAUGAAAUUGAAGGCCUUUCUUCUGAUGAAGAGCACUAA